GCGCAAGAAGAGGUCUACCAGGUUUACACAAACACAUCAGCGCAGGACCCCUUAAUGCUGAAGUGAUUGAUAACUGGAAAACAUCGCUCAUUUCCAGACGCACGACAAAAUGCCUCACUUGAGCGCGCUCAUCUCGUCGCUAUGUUGUCGCUUGACAAGUGCCGAGGACAAAGGUCAGCGUAAGACUGCUUGCCAACAAUCUGGUUUCCGACGCGAUCCUCUCUCGAGAUGGCGCAUGCUGUUCUCACAGCUAGCGUUUUAUCUUGCAGGAACCGGAACAAUAGUUGCCGCACUGGCCAAACCGGACCUCCAUGCGCAGCCGAUAUCGCAGCAGACGAACGAUAGCAGCAGCAAGCUUCCUCCGGACGUGGACCCACAGAACGCGAAGUUUCGGGAAAAAUACGAGUACUGUCAAAGCUGGACGCAGGCUAUGGACCAGGCUUUGUCACUGAAAAUUUUGUCCUUGGAGAAGGAGGUCUACGAGGUCAGGAAGCUGCUCCGGGAUUUUGCAGCGAUAGAGGAUCAGAAGUAUGAUAUGCUCGGAUCAGAUGUAGCGUGUUACUACUAGACAGAAAUGUAGUUUGCAACACCUCCCCUAUCCCUUCCAGAUCAUCUUCGAUCUCAAUCACCGUUGGCUUUUUAGACGAAGGUUCCAAGAGACCGCCUCUGAAGCUCAGUCUAGCUUUGUGCAGAUCUUCGAUUAUAUGUUAGGAUCCUUCGCGGCGGCUGAUGCAGAUAAUAGAAUAGUUCCCUUCUCCUCACUCAUGUCAGAGGAAGAACCCUCAUCAACCUCAAGCUUAACUACUAUGUUUCCUGCUUCAUUCCACAAACCGCGAGUACAUGCAGACACUCACGACGCAUUCCUCUAGCAUCGAAAGCGUUCGAGCUGGUAUCUUUGAGAGACUCGAGAACGAAAGAAUGCCAGUCGCUUUGGAGCAAAAGUUGGCGGAACUCACGCCACGCCAAUAUUGUCCGGAAGGCACCUACCUCAUGCGACUUUUAUGAAUGGGACGCAAUCUCGUCAGGCUAGUACAACUUCUACAACAUCUACUACAAGUAACUUAUCAAGGUGGUAGAUCUGGAUGCACAUGUAGAUGCUGUACUUCUGGAACAACUCGUGGUUGUUUGAUUCCAGCUCCUCCAUUCGUUCUUCUCUAAGAAAUGGUGGAGAUGCGUUCGUGUACUGCGCGUCUGCGGACUGGAGAUGGGAUGUGAGCAUAAAAAACUAUGGAAUGGACGCCUUGGAUUGUGGGCAUUCAGAGCGGUUGCCACAGUCUUUCUCCACGUUUGUGUACAUCGAAAGUGCGCACUACAGCGUCGCGCAGUGUGUCCUGCAUGCAAUCCUCGUUCGCGGUCACGCAUUAAAGAUCAGGACACUGAAUCCUGCGGUGUUUCAGAAUCUGGAGACGCAGGUAGCCUUUAAUAACGCCGUCCAGUCUCAGAAGCAAGGACAUCAACAAAGCGAGCCUUCAGGGUUGCUCUCGUCGUUAGCUGUAAUAAGUGAGCCGCGCACGCUUCUGGCAUUAUGUCUACUUGUACUUACUUUCAGCAACUAGAAAAACAUUUGUCGACUGAUGAAUUUUUCGAGAUCUAGCCGCCUAAAUGUCUCUAAAAUAUUCAGCGGGUGAUGUGAACGUCGCAAGAACAGCAGGUCAAGCGCAAUCAGCGAAAAACCAAGAUGCAGCCGGGACUCCCGUGAGCUACGGAUACCUGAACUGCACACGCUCCGAUAGCGCGCAUGCUGACAGUAUACUUGGCGAAGAGGAUGAUGCGGCACCACUGAUAGCUGCAGGUAAGCACAAAGAGGCGAUCACCCGCUUUGUUUGGAACCCAUCGCAGUUUAUUCAGCCUAAAGUGUAUGUUGAAACACGGCGGCGACUCGUGGCGGAACAACGAGACAGCCAAAAUCAGUUGAAGGUUCAGACUGGGCAAGAAGGAGUCAGCGGUGAGUCAGCGGCUGGGCAGGAUCCAAAAGAAGAACCUGAACUUUCUUCAGCACCUUUUUUGUAUCUGCUGCCGCGAUUAAUCUAUUUACAGAACGUCGGAAGAGAACUUGCGUUGGAAUUCUUUCCUACCGCAUGCGCCGAAGUUUUCCUAGAUUCCUGCGACCCGCGACCUCGUGCUGCGCUCGGCUACGUCAGACGCAUUCGACUUGCCUCCAAAGAAACCUUCUUCAGAAAUCUAAUUCCAUCAGCAACUAGUUCGAACAAUGCAUCUACGACUCAGGGGACUUCUGAUUUGGAAACCCAUCUUGAGCUAGUUUCGCCCGAAACCAGCAUACCGUUUCCAGAAUCACCAGAUUUCGAGUUAGUGGGCGAUGAAAGGGAGUCAGAAGACACUGCGCUUUUGUUUGCGGUACACGGGAUCGGAUACACAAUAUUCCCAACGUGGGACCUUUUCCGCGCAACGGUAAUCGACCCAUGGCGAAGCGUGGACUUUGUUGCAUGGUGUGAACGGCGAUCUCCAUGACCAAGAUUUACCGAUGCUCUGAGAAUUCUCGACAUUCUGGAGAAAGAAUGUACUAGUAGGUAGUUUGAAUCGACUAACAUCAUCAGAAGGAAGUUUGAAAAAUAUCUAACGACACUACCAUGAUCAUUGAGCAAACCAUAUUACAGCUGUAAGGUCGAAAAAAGUUCGCAAUAAGCACGCAUGUCAACAGAUGACGACGAAGGCGAUGCAUGUUGGCUUGUUGUCCGAAAUUAAGAUGCAGAUUUGCUCAG